CAAACUGGUACCUUGUUAUUUCUUUCCUGUUUCUGUUGAUGCGUGUGCAUUGGAACCAGGAAUUGGUUAUUAACGGAUAGAAAAUGGAUGAGAAGAAAAACGGCGCAAUCAACAGCACAAAUGGUCAUGUUUCAAAUGGAGAUAUAAAUUCGUCCAAAGAGGAGCCUAAGCUAUCAUGUUUACAAAAAAUAAGCCACAAGAUUAUUACCCUAUUGGAAACAGCAUUUUACAGACUAGGAAGAUUAAUUGGUACUUAUCCAUGGAGGGUUAUGAUAAUCUCAACAAUUGUGACUGGACUGAUUUGUAUAGCUGCUCCAUUUACCUUUACUGAGUCUGCAGAUGGCGAUGAUACACUCUGGGUUCCUGUCAAUGCUAAAGUUCUGGACUAUAAGUCAUGGGUAGAAUCAGUAUUUCCAUCCACCGUUAGAUUUGGUACCAUGAUAUUUGUCAGUGACAAUGUACUGACACCUUCAGUACUGACUGCAAUGUGGAGUAUAUACAAUAGCAGUAUAAGCUUGACGACAGGAGCAAACAACUUUUCAACGCUCUGUAUACAAUCAGGGUCAAACUGUUUGGUGAACAGUAUCUUAGAGUUGUGGAGUUAUAAUGAGACGACCAUUUUUGCUGCAUCUCAGGCAGACAUUAAAACAAAAAUUAAUUCUGCAACUACCAGUCCAAUGUAUUUCAACAGUUAUGAUGUGUCAACAGUACUUGGUGGUAAGGUGUAUGAUGGGAGUGGUGACAUAGACUCAGCAACAGCUACAAAGAUGACUUGGUUCAUUCAGGGAGAUGAUGCUGUUAAGGAUCAAGCAGAAGCCUGGGAGCAACAACUUAUUGAUUUAGGAAAAAAAGGCCAUUCAGACAUCAGUACUACAUAUGUGUUUGCUAUCAGAAGUUUCAGUGAUGAAGCUGGGGGUGCCAUUCGAGGAGACAUUGCUUUUCUGUCAGCAGGCUAUGUUAUUGUUAUUGUGUAUAUUACCAUAAUGUUGGGUAAAUUCAACUGUCUUGAACAAAGGUUUGGUCUUGCUAUAGCUGGUGUGGUUGUUGUUGGUAUGUCUAUUGGAAUCUGUUUUAGUCUGGCCUCACUAUGUGGAUUUGAGUAUGGACCAUUACAUUCAGUUUUACCAUUCCUUUUAUUAGGUAUAGGUGUUGAUGACAUGUUUGUGAUAGUUGGAGCAUUGAAAAAUCUGUCUGAUGAACAACAAAAAUUACCACUGAAUGAGAGAAUUGGAAAAGCUCUUAGACAUUCUGGUGCUUCUAUAACAGUAACAUCACUGACUGAUAUCAUGGCUUUCUUCAUUGGAGCUACAACAUUACUACCUGCCCUGAGGUCUUUCUGUAUCUUUGCUGCAUUUGGAAUAAUAGCUCUCUAUGGUUUGUCAACAACAUUCUUUGUAUCUGCCAUGGCAGUGGAUGUUAAAAGGGCUGCAGCUAGAUUGAAUGCUUGUUGUUGUUUUUACAAACAUAAACCAGAAUAUAAACCCAACAAUUGUAGCCAGAAGGAAUACCUACCAACAUUUAUACUGAAGUUUUAUGCUCCAAAUCUCCUAAAGUUUCCAGUAAAGAUAGUAGUCCUGGUACUUACUGCCGGAUUGUUUGGUUUGACUAUUUGGGGAACUGUUAAUUUAGAACAGAAAUUUGAAGAGAAAUUGUUUCUUCCAUCUGAUUCUUAUGCCUAUGAUUACCUUACAGCAUCAGACAAUUACUUCAGUUCAGGACAAGAACAGGCAGGAGUUUAUUGUAAAAAUAUUGAUUAUUUUGGCAAGAAAACAGAAAUGGAAUCAUUAUACACAAAGUUAACUGCCAGUAAUUAUGUUGUAAAUGGAACUGUGGAUAGCUGGUUCAAAUCCUAUACAGACUGGUUGUCAACCACAGCUGAUGCAGCUGUUAUAGCUCAGAUUGAUGCAACAACAAAAUACCCGCUAGACUCCACUAAAUUUUAUGAUUUAUUGUAUCAGUUUGUAACCACAGAGUCCACAGGAUUGAGGUUUUCUAGAAAUCUCAAGUUUUCAAAUACUUCAUCAGUCCUAGGACUUACUGGAUCUAAAAUAUCAUUUUACCAUCCCAGUGUUAAAGAUACAGUGGAAGGAUUCAAUGUUUUAGAUGGAAUACAGAGUUUAGUAGCUGGGGUAGCUGGUAGUGACUGUUUUCCUUACAGUCAAAUACAUCUUACAUGGGAAAGUAAUAAGGUUAUACGACAGGAAUUGUACCGUAACAUUGCUCUGGCAGCAGUUUGUGUAUUUAUCAUUUGUCUGGUCCUCAUAGCCAACAUAUGGACUAGUUUGAUGGUGUUUUCCUGUGUUGCAUUAACUUUUGUUAAUGUUGGAGGUUUUAUGCAUUUCUGGGGUCUGACUAUAGAUGUUGUCACAUGUGUACAAUUGAUCCUUGCCAUUGGUUUAGCUGUUGAUUAUUCAGCACAUAUAGGUCAUUGUUUUAUGACAUUUCAAGGAGGCAGAAAUGAGAGAGUAAAAGCUACAUUAGUAGAAAUAGGAGGACCAGUUAUCAGUGGUGGUUUCAGUACAUUCCUUGCCUUUGUUUUGUUGGCAGUCAGUAAAAGCUAUGUUUUUACAACAUUUUUUAAGGUGCUAUUUUUAGUUGUGAUAUUUGGCCUGUUCCAUGGAUUAGUCUAUUUACCAGUGUUAUUGAGUAUGAUUGGGCCUGGUGCCUACUUCUCAGCUGACAGACGAUAUCAGCAUGAUAAAAAAGAAAGAGAUGAAGAGAAUGGGGUAGAUAAUUAUGCCAUGGAAAAACAGUUUCCACCCCCUGAUUAUGACAAUGAGACUAAAGAUAAAGUUUAUAUACCUCCACCUGACUACACACCACCAUUGACAAGAAAAUACAGCAACAGAGUCUCACCAGAAAAAAGAUGAAUGUCAUGGAACUUUGGAUCUGGACUAACAUAGAUUUGACUACUUUUAGUCUCAAUAGAAACAUUAUCAGCAUUGUCACUGCAGAAUCUCAUUAGAUAUGGUUGCUGUGACCUAUAUCAGUGUAGAAUCUCAUUAGAUUUGUUUGCUGUGACCUAUAUAACUGCAAAAUCUCAUAAGAUAUGAUUGCUGUGAAAUAUAUAACUGCAGAAUCUCAUAAGAUAUGGUUGCUGUGAUAUUUAUUAUUACAGAAUCUUAUUAAAGCAAAAUCUCAUAAGAUAUGGUUGUUGUGACCCAUAUUACUGAAGAAUCUCAUUAGAUAUUUUUGCUGUGACCUGUAUUAUUGCAGAAUCUCUUUAAAUAUGGUUGCUGUGACCUAUAUUAAUCUUGAAUCUCAUUCGAUAUUGUUGCUGUUAUCUAUAUGACUGAAGAAUCUCAUUAGAUAUGGUUGUCUUGAUUAAGAAAAAAACAGCUUAUUUGAAUGUCAUUUAAUGGUCAGUAAAAUCAAAACAUUCCAGGCUUGCCAUACAUGUUGUGCUAUCAAAUUCCUAGUUUUGCAUAGUGUGAACUAUUUUUGUCAUGGAUUGAUGUGAAGAGAACCUUUUUUUUAUACAUAUCAAAAAGGUAUUUGUUGUCUUUUUAUAGCAUAUUAUAUAUGCUUAAUAUUUUGUCCGAAUUAAUACCUCUCUUGAAGUAAUUGAUAAUCAUUCUGUUCAUGUGAUUGCAACAUAUACUAGUUGUUGGAGCUUAUUUAUUUAUCAUAUUUUUAUGCAUGGGAUAUCAGAAUUAGAAUACAUUUUUUGUAGUAGAAGUUAUUUAUUAAUUUGUUGUUAUGUUUUGUUUUAAUUCUUAUGUUUUGUUAUAUGUUGAUUUAUAUAGUAUGUGUGCCCAAUGUAAAAAGAGAAAAUUAACCUUAAAUUAAUAAUAACUGAUAAAUUAUUGAAUCUUUUAGAAUUAUUUUAAUUAGUAGACACAAGAAGUUCCAAAAUUGUAAAUUGGCAAAGUUAAAUAGUUUGAGUGCAAUGACACAAGUAUGAUAAAUUUAAAGUUAUGUGAUUUUGUAAAUACUCAGAUGCUAAGCAUGUAUUUAACAAAAAUUUAUGAAUAGUGUAUGUCAAAUAUCUACAUAUCUAUGUCAACUACACAGUUUGUUAAUUAUAUACCAUUGAGAUUAGAUGCAUAAUAUUGUUGACCUUUCUGAAUAUGCAAUCUCUUAUAUGACUGAAAAUUAUAAUGAGUAGAAAAGUAUUGAGUAUUCAAUAGAGUUUAAUUGCAUAAUACUUUAUUUUUUUCAUUUCUGAAUUUGGUAUUUAACAAAUUGUCCCUGAUACCAUUAAAAACCCUAUUCAGGUAACAACACCCUUCUUAUCUAAAACUAUUGCAGUAUGAGAUUUAAAAACAUUAGUAAUUUCAAGGGAAACACAUAUUGGAAUUUAUAACACAAAGAGUUGUUUAAGGUGGUACCUAUCACUUUAAAUAAAAUUAAUUUGACUCAUUUAAUUUUCUUAAAAUUUUGACAAAGUAUUUUAAUGCUUUGACCCUUUGACAUAGAUAUAAAAAUUUCAAAAAAUUUGAACCAACCGUUUUAUCAGAAAAAUUACACUGGUUCUAUAGUAGUUUGACAAAGACUUAUUUUGAUCUUUGAAAAGAUUAAUUUUCCCUUAACAACACAACGUCAUUAAAACGUUUAGCUGAUUUUACAGAGUUAUCUCCGUGUAUUGUUAGGUACCACCUUAAAAUUUUAAUCUGGAAUGGUGAAAUUUUGACAUAAACAUCAAUUUCAAGGGAAAGAAAAACACUAUAUGGGAAGAUAACAAAAUGCAUGGCUAAAAUAUUGUAAAUAUUCAAGAAAGAAACUGUUUUAUGACUAUAGAAUAUGAUUUAUGUACAAGGAAAGAGAAUUUCUGUUGAAUGUCAGAAGAACAUUUUAAUUACAAAUUUACAAUACCUGGAAAUAAAAAGCUUUGCUUGAACCAUGCUUAUUCAGUAAUUCCAUUAUAAAAAUCUAGUAUAAAAAUCGUGAAAGUUUAAAGAUAUGAAGAUUUGUUGAUGUUGUGAUAAUUCCAUUUGAAAUAGGACAUGUUUGUAUCAAGCUGUGUUUUAGUAUUGGGUAUACCAUAGGACUACCUGCCAUAAUCGAAUCUCUUGAGAUUUAUAUAUUUGUGAUAUAUAUUAUACAUAUUUGUUUUUGUCCAAAACUUUCUUUGCAUUAUGACUUGUUUAUUUGUAAUUUGGACUUUGUGUGCCUUGACUAACACUUUUCUUUGCUCAUCAAUAAUUUCAUCACCUCAUUCUGAUUUUUACUAAAUAAUGUCUUUUUUGUAUUUCUAUUUUUGUAGGUGAGUGAAGCAUUAACAGUUAUGACUUUGUUUAUUUAUUUUUGUUUACAUAUUUUAAUUUUUAAAUGAAAUCCAAUUAUAUAGUGCUUAAUCUCUUUAUACUCAAGUUUUUCCUAUAAAUUUUUAUACAUUUUUGAUUUUGUCCUUUUUCUUGCAUGAGUUAUUAAGAUGAUGUUUUUGAAAUGUAAAGUACAGCUCUACAAAAAAAAUGGUUUUGUAGAAAGGAACACUAUAAUUCAAUAUUUUUCCAAAGAAUAUUAAUUUGACAACAUGUUUCACAUUGUUCUGUAAUACAGUGUGAUGCAUUUAACUCUACAUUUAUUAUGUUCGUUUGUGUUGUGGAAACAUGUUAAUAAAUGCGUAAAUGAAAUUGUGCUGUUCUAGAAUAACAACUUUCUAUAUUAAUUAGUGCUAUUGUAUAAAUAUAGCACAAGAAACUAACAUUCUGGGAUAAUAUAAAAGAUGUAAUAAUUUGACAUCCAAAGACCAUCAAGUAGAUUCAAUAAUCAAACAUUCCAAAGACCAACAUUAAACAUUCCAGUACCACAAAUCAGACUCAAAGAUGAUAAUGUAAUUCAAGCAUUAUCACCCUGACUCAAUGGGCCAAACUCGGGGGACCACAAAUCAAAGACAGUAAUGUUUUUUAAGAACCACUAAGCAGAUCAAAUAAAUCAAUUUCAUGGGAUAAAAAAACAGUGGCACAAAUUUACAUAUCACUAUUUAACGUUAAAAUGAUACUACAAAGUUUGAUCUUUAAAACGGAUGAAACAAUAAAGGAGAAUAUAAAAAUAUCCGGACUAAAUCAUGGUUUCCCCUGAAGUAAGGGAAAUGUUUUCACUAUUUGCAUUAUGAAACUCCACAUUUAUUUUACCUCAUCUUGGAAAUUUUAGGUUUGAUUUUUGAAGAAAGUUAGGAGCAAUUUAUCAAAACAUUUGUAUUGUGCUACCUGAAAUUAAUUUUACAUUCUAUAUUUCUAUAAUUUCCUUUGAUUUACAUAUACAGAUGGAUGUUUAGCAUCAUAUACAACAAGGCAAUUCUGCUUAAGGGUAAAAUGUCCCAGAAAUUAAAGUAAAAGCAAGAAUUGUGAUAGUUAAUAUGCAUUCUCUCUUAUUAAAUAUGCAAUGACAUACUAUAGUUAUACAAAUGAGAUUUAUAUUAUAUUGUUAUCAAACUUGCCACAUUUUUAUUUAUAAUUUGUUAUUUAUAUUUUCACUAAAUCCUGGUGAUAUGAGUAGAUAGUCUAAUUUAUUGUAGUCUCAAUUUAAUUGCACUAAUUAUACAUUUGUACCACUCCUUUAUAUUAGAAUGUACAUCAAUCUAUAUGUAUGAAGCUGUUAACUCAAGAAAGUAGCAUCUGAACAUACAUUCAGAACUAAAACAGACCAAAGCAUGUCAGCAGGUAGUUACUGUCUCGUACUGCAUAGACUAGUUGCCUGAAUAGACCACUUUCGAGUUCAUCCGUCACCGGAAAAAACUCGUCAAUUAUACGCGCCUUUAUCACCGUCAAUUGGGCGUUUAGGGGCGUCGUCACUUCCUUCCAAUGUUGAGCGAGUGGUUGGAAAACUAUAAUUCUAUAUUGUACGAAUUAUUCGGCAAAUUGAAUUCUCAAAAUUGACAAUCAACACUGCUGUCAUUAGGGAAUUGUCAGUAAGUACCUACAGAGCAACCAUUAUUUCUAGUUUAUCCUGCACAAAGACGAUCACUAAGACGCUUGAUGAACGUAAAUAGUACAGGGAUACAGGCGAACCCCUCUAUCUGGUAAAUGACGUCAUAAAGGCGUGAAUAGUUGACGAGUUUUUGCCGGUGACGGAUGAACUCGAAAGUGGUCUAUUGAUUAGCAAUUUCUAAUGUGAAGUUUUUCUGCUUUAGUCAGUUUGACAAGAGUAACUUGAAUAACUUAUAACAGAUCAAUGAUACUUUAUAUGAAGUUAUAUUAUUAUCAGUGCAUAUCAAUUUUCUCCCUAUUUCAUGUUCCAGUGAUUAUAUAGAUUUGCAUUCAACAAUGAUCUACAUUGUUUUUCCGCUGAAAACAGCAUGACAAGAACUACUUGUGAUAGAUCAAUAAUAUUUUGUACGAAGUCACUUUACUAUCAGUUCAUAACUUCAUAUCAGUUUGACGUCUGUUUUGAGGCACUGCCCCCUAGGACUUUGGAAUAACUAGCAGUUUACAAUAACAAGUGAUAGCAACUACUUACAAUAACAACAACAUUUUCUCUAAAGUUAUAUUAAUGUCUGUACAUAUCAAUUUGUCAACCAUUUUCAGACCCUGCCCACCAGAUCAUGGUCCAGUGAUUGAAUUCAUAAGUAAUGGCUGACCAACAGAUUGUCUUUUUCUGAAUUUAAUGCUGAUAGGUGAAAUAUACCACUGUGUCAACAGUUUAUAAUUAUACUGUAGUAUGUUUUGACAGCAGUCAUUUAGAAUUAUGUAAAGGCUAUCCUUUGCUUUGAUGACUUUUGAAAUUCUGUCGCUAGCAAAAUUUUGUGCAAAAUGAUUUCUUUAGAAAUGCUUAAAUUAUUAACAGUUAACUAUGCUUUGCAUUCAAUGACAAGUUUUGGAAUGAAUCAGAAAUCUAGAAUGGUUGUAAAUUCUGCCAUAAGUUACCAUCAUAAGGUUAUUCAAAUUUUCAGUCAGUAAAUAUGCUUUAAAGUACAUUGCCCUACUUUCUAUAAAGUAGCUCUGUGCCUUUUAUGUUUUAUUUAGAUGUUAUGACAAUGUAAUUGUUACCAAAGUUCAUCGGGGAAGCUAUCUAUUCAGCAAUGUUGCUAGUUUAUAAUGCAGCAUCAUAUACAUGUAUUGUUCGUGUUUUAAUAAAAGGAAAAUAAUUACUAGUA